UGACCCCAGGAUUAUCAGCGCAGGUCCCCGCGGAGAGGCGACCGGCCGACCGCUCCCUCUCUCCACCUGAGGCAGGUAAGAUCCUGGAGGUCCUGGACCAGGAGGGCCUGGCCAACCACACGCUGAUCUAUUUCACCUCGGACCACGGGGGCAGCCUGGAGGUGCAGGCCCGCGGGGCGCAGCUGGGCGGCUGGAACGGAGUCUACAAAGGUGGGAAAGGGAUGGGCGGAUGGGAAGGGGGCAUCCGAGUCCCCGGAAUAUUCCGCUGGCCGGCCGCGCUGGAGGCUGGGAGAGUCAUUGACGAGCCCACCAGCCUCAUGGACAUCUACCCAACGCUGUCUUUCAUCGCUGGAGGAAUUUUGCCCGUGGACAGAGUGAUCGACCGCCAGAACCUGAUGCCUCUGCUGGAGGGCCGGGCGCGCCACUCGAACCAUGAGUUCCUCUUCCACUACUGUGGGGUGUACCUGCACGCCGUCAGGUGGCAUCAGAAAGACUGUGGCACCGUGUGGAAGGUUCAUUAUGUGACGCCCAACUUUUCGCUGGCGGGAGCCGGUGCCUGCUAUGCCCGUGGGAUCUGCUCCUGUACUCGAGACGUCACCUACCACGACCCUCCCCUGCUCUUCAAUAUCUCGAGGGACCCCUCCGAGAGCCAACCUCUCAGCCCAGACAACGAGGCGUUAUUUGACUCCGUGGUCCAGAAAAUCGAGGAGGCCGUCCAUGGGCACCGCCGCACGCUCGCCCCAGCCCCCCAGCAGCUGUCCGUGUUCAACUCCCUCUGGAAACCCUGGCUGCAGCCCUGCUGUGGGAACUUCCCCCUCUGUGGGUGUGACAAGGAAGACGACAUGGAAGCCGGUGUGUGAGUAGCAGACUAGGGAUGCUUGUUACCAAGCGGCAACGCGCUGUUACAAAGAUCGGCCGGAGCCAAGCUCAGCUGACUCGCUUAAUCCGUUUGAAAUCAAGGAUGAUGCCCUAGCCCUGGCCGGUGUGGCUCAGUGGAUAGAGCAUCGGACUGCAGACCAAAAGGGUCUCGGUUUCGAUUCUGGUCAAGGCCAUGUGCCUCGGUGGCAGGCU